CAAAAUUUGAUCUGGAAUAUUAUUUGACAUCAGAAACAAGUUAGGUUUGAUUGCUUAUUCACUGGAGCAAUAUGAAUCUGAUUUUUCUUGGGAUGAUUACACUUUUGGUAUCGACAGCAAUGGAGGUUUCAGCUGAGGACGGCGCCAUAUCUGACGGAGAAGCAAAUGAAGACGGUGGUAUACCUGAGGAUAAUGAUGAUGACAUGCCAGAAGAACUCAAGAAAUUGUUCAUAAAGAACAGUACCCUAGGGGAAAGUCUCAUCAAAAUUAUCAAAACGGUAAAAGACUUUUCAUCAGACUUCUGAAUGAAUCCAUUUCACAAUACUAUACCCGUUUAAUAAAAAAUCACUUGACUAAAGCAAGAAAUAUCACAAAGAUGGCUCGCAAUUCAAGCACAUUAUUACAAAAAUCGUUACGAGGGAUUGAUGUGGCUUUAGAUGGUGUCGACAAAGUCAUAGGUAGCAUAAUGGCUAUUCAAGGCAAUGCUUCCAAAAUUUUAAAGCUACUACGAGAUCUCCAAGAAUUUGAUUUAUGGAUACCAUACGAAUAUUACGGAUUUGGCCCUGCACGAACAAUAUAUGACGACAUACGAUAUAAUUUUUUCUACGAGUAUUACGACUACGACGAUAAAAAUUACCUUUCAUUUGGAGACUUUGACACUAUACUUGAACAAAUCAGAGAUUACGCAUACAAGUGGCUAUACCUGGAUUAUCCAAAGGACCCACGGACAAAAAGGACUUUUCGUGAUUUGAAAAGAAAAAUCAGGCAGCUUUGGAACACGGGGAUAAAGCUUCGUAGAAAGUUUAAGCCAGAUGUGAGUGUGUUAGCUAAAAGGUUGGAACAAAAAAUAGAUAAACUGCAAAAAGUUUCAAGGAAGAUGCUGGAUAGGGCAAGGGGAGAUGCAUACAUGGACUUGUAGUGAAGAGAAAUGUAUGCGGUAGCCUACUAGAACCAACACUGCCUUCAAAUAAAGAAAACGAUAUUUAUCAUAUAUCUUUUAUUUAUCAAGAUCAU